AUGAAAAUCGUCAACUACCUAGAUGUCACACUCAACCUCACAACCGGAAAAUACUAUCCUUUCAGAAAGCCAGACAACAAUCCAUUGUACAUUAACGUGAAGUCCAACCAUCCACCCUCUAUCAUUAGGCAAAUUCCAGCUUCCAUUCGCACGAGAAUAUCAUCACUCUCUUGUGACCCGCAGACUUUGAUAAAUCAUCACAGUUAUACAAUGAUGCCCUUAGAUCCAGUGCUUACGAUGAAACAAUCCAGUGUGAGGAAAACCGGCAAACUUGAGCAAAAAAGAAGAAUCGAACCAGAUCACGUAACACUUUUCUGGUUUUAUCCACGUUUUAGUCAGAAUGUGAAAACAAAUGUUGCAAAGUUCUUCCAUCCCUUGAUUGAUAAAAAUUUCCUAAAAUCACACAAACCGCACAAGAUCUUCAACAGAAACAACCAUAAAGUAAGCUACAGCUGCACCACUAAGGGAACGUGUCGAAAUAUUGGCAUCGGGUAACACCAAUGCCCAUCAAUCGGGUACCGACUUUUUCCGAUUCCGUUGAAUGUUGGACCUGAUAGUAUUGGUACUGAAUAAAACGGAAUUGGCAAAGGGUCUUAAUUAACAUAGGCCAUCAAAAAUAUCUGGCAGCUCAAAUAACUGGUCACGUCACCGUUACGAACAAUAUGUUUGAUUUAAACAUAACCCACAAGAGUUAGUUGAUCAUGAUUGAGCAAUCAAACACGUGAUUUAUUUCAUUAUUAGUUUUUCAUUCUCAAGUAGAUCAGACAAGUUACAUAUGGACAGCAAUUGUUUUCGUACAGUGUUUACAGUCAGUAAUUUCCUUGCGGACAGUUCAAACCUUUUCGACCAACUGAGGUUUUACCCUUCAGGUACGAUUGUUUUAUUCCUUAACCUGUUUGUCUUUGAACUUGUUCUAGCCAUUUUAUUGUAAUGUAAUCAGAAAUUGGCUUCACUAAACGUCCCAAAAAUGAUCGGAAUGUAAUCUUAGAAUCAUUCAUUUGUACCUUGAUUUUCAGAAUUGCUACUUUAUUAAGGCUAUUAAAGGACUCCUCAUCUCGGUUGCAUUGAUUUAGUCGGCCAGUUGGUAUGGUACCCUUGUAGAUAAUCCUCUGUUUAUGAAAGAUGGCAGCCAAAGGUGAAGGAACCAGCGAAGAAACUAUAAACCAGGAGAAUACCCUUAAAAAGAAAAGAAGACAAAGAUCUCAAAGUCGCCGAAGAAUAAGCUUGGCUAUUAGGCGUAUUCAUGAGACACUGGAUAAAGAUGAAGUUCAAGCGAAAAAAGCACGCCUGGGGAAAGAAAUCGAACAGCUUCAAAAGGACUACGAAAUUGGUGGAGAGCAGAAUGGUGAGCUGUGGAGGCAGAAGAACACGACACCCUGGAUCAGUGGGAAAAUGAUUUGGCUACUGAUGUAUCUUCCAUUGAAGAAGUGGAAGUUUCUUCAAUCGUGCUUGAAGAAAAUCAAGUUAACACGACCGGUUCCGCAGAGGAUGCAAGCCAUGCAAGUAACACAAGUGCUUCUGUGGGGGACACGAAUCACUCAAAUAACGCAGACGAUUCCAUUGAAAAGGCUAGUCAUGCAAGUAACGCAAGUGACGCAAAUAGUUCUGUGGGGAACUCAGGACAAUCAAGUGGCACUAAUGUAUCGGCAAAUUCCCAGGUCCAGCCCGUUUCUGCCCAGGAUUUAA